UCUACCCGCUUUUUUGAACAUGUCUCACAUAACAGUAGGAUACACAGACAAAGUUAGGAAGAUCCAACCAAGAGGACCAGCAGGAAGUAUAUCUGACAUAUUUGGUUUUUCCGACGACGCGACCGUCAGAAACAACAAGAUUAUCAAGCAACAGGAGUCAGAUAACACAAACCAAAAUAGAGACCACACGGAAACGAAAAUGUGCGAGAGGACAGAAUCACUUUCUAUAGAAGCGAAUUCGAACGAAGUUAAAAAAACUGUGGAGUCAACAAAAAUAGAAGAAGUCAAACAGACACAAGUAACAACUUCUGUCGAAGUUACUAACAGUGAAUGUUCAAAUGGGAACGUGAAAGAAAACGGAAACGCAGCGAAACAAUAUAAUAACGUCGUUCACUCAUAUGAAAAAGAUUCUGCCACUCCUCAGAAGAGGAACCGCGUUCCACCAGGUGGCUACUCUGCCGGUUUUUGGUAAUCAUCAUCGUGACUGAGAUUUUUCCUUUAUUGAAAGAUAAAAUGCAAUUCCUAUGAUAUCUAUAUGGAGAUAUAAAAUUGAGCAUAUUAUAUGUAUUGGUAUACAUACAAGUUUUGUAAUGCACAUUUGAAUACAAUAUUUAUAAAGA